AUCGUUGCGGCAGCUGCAGCCGAGAAGUAAAUUAAUCCGUACUCUUCUCGAGAUCAAUAGGUGGAAAAAGAACCUUCCGGCAACAAGCAACCCCCAGGGAGCAGAACAACCCUUUUUCAUCUACUUAAUUUUUUUUCUUCUUCUUUAAGUGCCGCUUCUGGUCGCAGAAACAACUUGAAACGUAAUUGCUCUCGAUUUUCCCUAUUAGAAUAUCGAACAAAUUUCUAUACUUCAAGGUAUGUAACACCAGGCGCCCUCAAAGCACCAUCAUGAAAUGGCGAAUAGCUCUUUGGAUAGCUUGCCUCUUAGUACUGCUGAUUAGUUUGUCAGAUGCAGCCCGAAAAGGCGGCAGAAGAAAAACAAAACAUAGGAAGAUGGGGUCAAGCAGAUUAAUAUUCUACACAAAUGCCAGGAGAAAAGAAUACUACGAUAAUGAAAAUGGUGCGAAAAUUAUCAAGGCAUCCCACUUUGAUUAUGAGUUCAUACUAGGCCACAAAAUAUCUUUCAUCUGUGCUGCAAAAGGUGAUCCUCGUCCCAGAAUCACAUGGUUUAAAGAUGGAAUUGAGCUUCACGCCCAUCCAUAUUUACAGAUUACAACAUGGCAGAAAGAGCAUGAUUACAUCAAGAGCAAGCUUGAAAUUACUCCAGCGAGACAAAUGGAUUCUGGGACAUACGAUUGCGAGGCUAACAAUAAAUACUCGAUAGACAGGCGCAGUUUCAAGGCAGAUUUUGGAUCCAUCAGCAAAUAAACCAGCCAGAGAGACAAUCCAAUCAAUCGGUGCGGUAGAUUAUUUUCACAAUUACUGCAUCAUCCAAUUUAGGCAUUUUAAACAUAUUUCUUUCCACUACACCACUAUAAAGAUUUCUUUUACACCUGGUGUUCUCAAAUGACAGCCCUUAAUGUAUAUUCAUAGAGUGCUACAUUGUUUGCCAUACAAAAUGUCGGAAAUUAAUAUGCACUCUUAGAUUUAAUCUUAAUAAUUGUUUCCAAUAGAUUUAAUGUUAGAAGGAUAGUUUUAAUUGUCUUAAAUAUUAAUAUAUAUGGGUUAAGUGAAUAAAUGGGUUAAGUGAAUAAUUUGCUAUUUACCAUAUUUUUUCCACAUUCAUUCCGUGAUAAAGUUAUAUUUUAAUAAGGAUUCAAAAAUUAUACAUGCACCUGUAGAUUAAGCAUGCAUUAGGAUUCUAAAAUCAUAAGGGUGUUGAUUUGAGAACACCUUGUGUAUCACUAUACACACAGAAAGAUGUUGUUAGUUUUAGCUAAUAUCUACCUCUUAAAACAACAGUGGAAGACACUAUUGCUCAAGAAAUGUCUAUAAAACAAUCUAUAUAUGUGUAUAAAUAUUUACUGUUGAUAUUCAGUGUAAAUAUUAUUCAAUGUGUACUAGCACUAACAAUAAUGUUAUAGCAAGUCACUGACUGUUUUUAAAUUUAGACUCAGAAUAAAAAAUUUCAC